AUGGGCAAUUCCAGCAAAGUCCAAGUCCCCCGAGGCAAUACGCCUGCCAGAAGUGAGGGAACUGAGGGCACUUCAAGCUCUGAUUUGUAUACAAUUCCCCAGCAAGUCACAACAGCCCACCCUCGCCGAGUCAACAAACCCACUGGCAGCGGUUCUGUACACAAGGUGCCAAAGAAAAGAGUCAUCGAGGACACUUCUCUACACCAGCCACGAGCUGCGGUACCUGUCAUCGAUCUGACGGGAGAUACGUCAUCUCCACAAAAGAAGGUAAAAAAGCGAGCAACGAAUAUCGAAGCGAGCGUUUCUCCGAUUGCUAGCCCCCCGGAGCGUCGUCUACGGAGAUGGCGCGCCCACCCACCUGUUUCGUACCUCGAACGUUUGGACCGGAUCCAGCAAACGAGGAUGUUCAUUGUCGGUUACGAGAUAGGUGGGACCGAGGAAGUCCCAGAGAUAUCCUUCGACGUUGUUGGGUCAACGGGGAAUCUUUACAAGACGACCAUCAAACAGGAUCCCUACUGCGACUGCCCUGACGGGGCGAAGGGUAAUCAGUGCAAGCACAUCUGCUACGUCCUCGUUCACGCACUCAAAGCACCUGCACAUCUCCAGUACCAACUCGCCUUCCUCUCAUUGGAACUAUGCGAGAUUCUGAGAGGCUCCUCUCUAAGCUUAACACGCCCCGCCCCCUCAGCUGAAGAAAAUAACGGAAAUCGCAAACCAGUUGACGGAGAUUGCCCGAUUUGCUUCCAAGAGAUGAUUGAAGCUACAGAGAAGAUCGUUUGGUGCAAAGCGGCAUGCGGUAAUAACUUACACAGACAGUGUUUCGACCAGUGGGCCGCUGCGUCCCGGACGUCUUCCAGUGCUGGUAUUCGCUGUGUGUACUGUCGCUCGCCCUGGAAGAGCGAUGCAGCCGACGUAAACAUACCGUCCAUUCGCAAGAACAGCGCCAAUGUCGGACCGGAAGGCUACGUCAAUAUGGCAUCCGAAUUCGGUCUGAGUACUGAACGUGAUUGGUCCGUCUACUCGCGUUUCUCAACUGCCCGGCCAUCUUCAUCCUCUUGGUACCGUAACCGUUGGUCGUAA